AUGCCCGCGUGCGUGGUCUGUCUCCCGACGGCCUCGCGGGCACCAAGCGGAGCGUCGCCCGACGUGUUCGACCCGACGUGGGAGCUCCUGCUUGAUACCCUUGCAAAUUUGGGACAUUCCGCUUUUAGAGCGCUUCUACAACAUUCUGCUGUCCGCAGCGCCAUCGGCGGCGCGCUUAACGGCGCGCCUUUUACGGUCUUCGCCCCGACCGACGAGUCUCUGGUCAGGCUGCCGGCCGCGAUUGUCGCCGUCUUACGGAACUCGUCGCAAAUCGAGACCCUCCGCCAAGUCGUGCUGUACCAUUUCGUUCGCGAGAAAAUCUCGCGCUUCGCGUGGGAGUGCCCCUGGCGGACCAUGCAAGGCGAGAGCGUCGUGCUGCACCUGGAUAGCGCGAACCUCACUGUAUCGGAUGUGCCUGUACUGGAAUACGCCGCAUCAUUCUCGACGAGCUUCGUGCUACACGCGACGGACGGGCUUCUGUUUCCCCCUAGCACCCUCGCGCACCUCACUGGCGUCGAGGGCCGCGCGCGGAGAGCAGCUCAGCUGGCGGAGUUCAGCACGGCGCCGCGAAAAGAGGCUUCUGCGGGGGGAGAGGGGAGCGGAGAAAGUGGCGGGGAUGAAUAUACAGAGGAGUACGAGGAGGACUAUGACGAGGACGUAUGGCGGCGGUUUGCGCUCCAGCAGUACGACUCGUUCAACCUAUACGCUCCCGCUCCAGCACCCGCACCCUCCGCACCAUCAUCCGACUCGUGUGUGUACUCGGGGCUCUAUUGCGCUCUGAUGACUCUAGUAUGCAGCAAUGUGUGGCAAAGACGCAGACUCUGCAACGUGCUUACCAACAUCCCCCCUUCCCGUCACGCCUCUUCCUCCCUUCCCUUCACUGCUCUUUCCCCCUUCCCCUCACCCUCGUCCCCCCUUCCCCUCAUCCUCGUCCCCCCUUCCCCUCACCCUCGUCCCCCCUUCCCCUCACCCUCGUCCCCCCUUCCCCUCACUCCUCUUCCCCCAUUCCCUGCAGUAGCUGCUAGUCUUUCAGCGGGCGCCAUAGCAGGGAUUGUGAUCGGGUGUGUGGCGGGAGUUGUCCUCAUUGCUGCGCUGCUCUACUACCUGCUCGUUGCUCGCCACAACAAGGACGUGCGCGCCCUCUUCUGCUGCUAUCCGCCACUCCUAGACCUUUCGGUGGUAUGGGCCGUGAAGCGAGCCAAGGUGCUCACCAACGACUUCAAGCGCGAGAUCAAGGAGAUGGCGUCGAAGCACCACCCGAACCUAGUGCGGCUGCUGGGGUACUGUCUGGACAUGGACAUGGUGAACGAGCGCAUGGAGCAGAUCCUCGUCUACCAGUUCAUGCGCCACGGCGACCUCGAGUACUGGGUUGGCAACGACGCUGCCAAGGCGCUCACUCUGGUGCAGCGCAUGGACGUGCUGGUGGGGGCGGCACAUGGGCUGGAAUACCUGCACAGCUUCGGCAUCGUGCAUCGUGACAUCAAGCUGGCCAACAUUCUGCUGGACGAGCACAUGCACGCCAAGGUGGCGGACUUUGGGCUCGUGCGUAUGGGCGAGGGCACCUCUGUGUACACCACUCGCAUUCUCGGCACGCCGGGCUAUGUGGACCCUGCAUACUCCCGCACCCGCAAGGCCACAACCGCCACUGACGUGUUCAGCUUUGGCAUUGUGAUUCUUGAGGUCAUCACUGGGAGGCGAGCGCUUGUCAACACAGGCAGUGGCAACAGCACCAUCAAAGAAUGGGUGAGUGAGCCCUCUCAUGUUUCCCUUCUGUACUACCGUGGUUUCUGGUGA